AUGACCAAGUGGACUACCUACGAUGGCUUUGCCGAGCAGCGACAAGACUCUCACGGCACACGAGAACCUCCCGCUUCUUCUGGUCCUUUAGGCUCACCAGAAUUGCAAGAUGAACAAGCUCAACAAAAUAAGUAUCCAUCCGGUUUCAAGUUUGCGGCUAUCAUAGUUGCCGUCUGUCUUUCCUUCAUACUUAUGGGCCUAAAAACCAUCCAGGAUAGCAACAUAAUCGCAACAGCUGUUCCGGCCAUAACUCAUCAAUUCGGCACCAUCAAGGACAUUGCUUGGUAUACUUCCGCCUAUCGACUCAUGUCAGGCUCGUUUCAGCUCAUGUUCGGAAAGCUUUAUACCUUGUUUCCUGCAAAGACCUUGAUCCUAGAGAGUCUCUCCAUCUUUGUCACGGGGACUUUGCUGUGUGCCCUUGCCCCGAGUUCACCGGUUUUUAUCCUUGGGCGAGCCAUAACCGGCUUAGCUACCGCCGGUGUCCUCUCAGGAGCCUUUGCCAUGGUCAUUCACAUGGCGCCGCUACAAAGGCGAUCGACCUAUGCCGGAAUCGGCGCCGCAUCAGAGGCUAUGGCCUCCGUCACGGCUCCUCUCUUGUGUGGCCUUCUGACUGACCAGCUGAGUUGGCGAUGGUGUUUCUUCAUUGAGCUACCCCUUAUCGCUAGUGUAUGCGCCAUUGUCCUCUUCUUCCUCGACUCGACUAAGGAAAACCACGUUGAUGAUCAGAAUUUGACGUUGAUUCUGCGCAAGCUGGACGUGUUGGGCACAGCCAUCUUCGUGCCAGCAAUCACAUCGUUACUGCUGGCUCUGCAAUGGGGAGGAAACAAGUACGAAUGGUCUGACUGGCGCGUCAUCCUACCCUUGUGCUUUUUCAUCGCCUUACUUGCCGCCUUCGUCUGGCACCAAAGUCUUCUUGGUGAACGAGCAACUCUUCCGCCUCGGAUCUUGCGACAACGAAGCGCCCUUUUUGGCUUCUCGUUCAGUUGCUGCAACAACGGCUCGUUGAGCGUCGUUGAGUAUUACAUGCCUAUCUACUUUCAGACUGUGCAAGGACUUUCAGCAUCCAUGUCGGGUGUAAUGGUUCUUCCCUUGGCGGCUGGCCUUGUGGUCUCGGUUCCUCUUGCAGGGUAUCUGACUUCCUUGAUCGGAUAUUACAGCCCGUUCAUGCUUUUAAACAGCCUCAUCACGCCCCCUGCCAUCGGCCUGCUAACCAGGCUAGAUGCUGGAUCAAGGUUAUGGAGCCUGAUCUUCUACCAAGCCUUGCUGGGGUUCGGAGCUGGCAUCGGCUUCCAAGACCCUCAAGUCGCCGUCCAGGCAGUCUUCUCAGACUCGGACUCGCAGAUUGCCAUUGCUAUCAUCCAGUUGGCCCAGGCUAUUGGCUCGGCCAUAGCUGUUGCCGGAGCGCAGACCAUCUUCACGUCCAAAUUGAGCUCUUACCUAUCUAGGUUUGUUUCGGGGCUCGACCUUACUGAUCUAGCUAACCAGGGUCUUGCUGUCCCCGAAGAUUUGAGCCCUUGGGAGCAUCAGCAAGUGGUCUCGAGUUACAGCCAUGCGCUCAACGAUACGUUUUAUCUCCCGGUUAUUCAUGCUUGUUUGACCCUCAUCGGCGCGCUCGGCAUUGAAUGGCGAUCUGUAAAAAAAGAGAUGAAGCCAUCAAGUUAG